GUGCCUCCGAAGGCGGCGGGCGAGUGGCCGCGCUGGGGUGCCGGUGUCCGCCCGCGCCACGCUGCGGGAGCUGCCGCCGCCUCGCAUCGCCGCGCCAUGUCCGGCCAGCUGGAGCGCUGCGAGCGCGAGUGGCACGAGCUGGAGGGAGAAUUUCAGGAACUGCAGGAAACCCACAGGAUCUACAGGCAGAAGCUGGAGGAGCUGACCUCACUCCAGACUUUGUGUAGCGGCUCCAUCAACAAGCAGAAGACGCGACUGAAGGACUUGAAGCACACACUCCAGAGGUACAAGAGCCAUGCCAGUCGGGAGGAGGCAGAGCUCAUUCAGCAGAUGAGCGCCAACAUCAAGGAUCGUCAGAACAUCUUCUUCGACAUGGAGGCCUACCUGCCCAAGAAGAAUGGGCUCUACUUAAAUCUGGUCCUUGGCAAUGUGAAUGUGACCCUUCUCAGCAACCAGGCCAAAUUUGCUUACAAGGAUGAGUAUGAGAAGUUCAAGCUCUACCUGACCAUCAUCCUGCUCUUGGGUGCUGUGGCGUGUCGAUUUGUCCUCCACUACAGGGUGACGGACGAAGUUUUUAACUUUCUGCUGGUGUGGUAUUACUGUACCCUGACAAUUCGGGAGAGUAUUCUCAUCAGCAAUGGCUCAAGAAUUAAAGGCUGGUGGGUGUCUCAUCACUACGUGUCCACAUUCCUCUCUGGAGUGAUGCUGACCUGGCCUAACGGACUGAUUUAUCAGAAGUUUCGUAAUCAGUUUUUAGCGUUUUCCAUUUUUCAGAGCUGUGUCCAGUUCCUGCAAUAUUAUUACCAGAGGGGCUGCCUCUACAGGCUGCGCGCCCUGGGGGAGAGGAAUCACCUGGACCUCACCGUGGAAGGAUUCCAGUCCUGGAUGUGGCGGGGCCUCACCUUCCUUCUGCCUUUCCUGUUCUGUGGCCAUUUCUGGCAGCUGUACAAUGCCAUCACGUUAUUUGAGCUCUCCAGCCAUGAGGAAUGCAGAGAAUGGCAGGUGUUCGUGUUGGCGCUCACAUUCCUCGUCCUCUUCCUUGGCAAUUUUCUGACCACACUCAAAGUUGUGCACGCAAAGCUGCAGAAGAACAGAAACAAGGGGAAGAAGCCGUGAGCCAAGGGAACCUGAUGUCCCCCGGCCCCCCGGGGUUCAAGACUGCAGGGGGUUCCAGCUGGCACCCUUGCUGGCUGCCGGGUUUUGUCCCCACAGUGACCGUGGUCACUGGCAGCAGCCAGCCCAGGGGCCAGCGCACGACUGUGAGAAGAGCCGAGGCCCGGGUCCCUGGCAGACAAGAGGAAUGUGACUCCAGCCUGUUGGCACUAUGUCCACCUGCUCCAGCCUCCCUAUUUAUGACCUAUUUAACAUGGCGGGGGCCUCCGGACUGCUCCCUAAUCUGCAGUCUUCCCCCCCUGCCCUCCUGGUCAGGGCCAAGCCCUGGUCGGUCUUCCUGGGGUGGGGACGGGGGGAGCCCUAAAGACUCAGGGAGUCCCUCAAGUUGGGGUCUAGCUGUGCCUCGCCCGGGUGCCGACCUGCCACUUGCUGAGUCCCCAGCGGGUGGAAGGAAACGCCCGGUGUCCUGUGGAGCCUCCCUCCUCGGGGCACACUGCUCCUGCUGUAAGCUCUCCUGGCCGCCGCUGCCCCGUGCCGGGGGUAUUUAAGUUCUCAGAGAACCGCUGUCUGUCUUGUGCUCUUUGCAAUUCCUGAGUCUCCAGCCUGCCUGCCACCCCCGGGGAGAGCAGCUGCCCUGCUUCCCUUCCAGAGGGCUUGGAGGGGGGCGGGAGGGCUUGCUGCAACCACCAGGGGGCGUCCCAGCCCUGGCAUCACUUGGGUAGUGUGAGGGCUUUUUUUUUUUUUUUUUUUUUUUGACACUUCAGAGUUUGGCUUCCUGACCGCCACCCCUCAGCCCACUUCCCGCCACCCCUCAGCCCACUUCCCGGAAUUCUUGCAGUGAGUACUCAGGGAGGGGGACCCAAACUUCAGCGCUGUUUGAGACUUAAGCCAUCACAGAGGUCACCCACCCUCCACCUCCCUCCAUUUCCCUCCUGUUCUGGAAUGUGGUGGGGAGAGUCUGAGCAGGCUCCCUCCUGGAGGUGGCAGUUGGGAGGCUAGGACAAGUCUGCUGGUCACCUUGUAUCCGAUUCUCUAUUUGUGGGGCAGGUGAAGAAGCUAGCAGGUUUGGUUGAGUGUUUUGCCACUGCUUCCCACACUGGCCUCAGUUACCCUUAACUACCUCCCUACAAACCCCUCUGACCAGAGUUCACUGGCCUCCAUAGUCAUGCUUUGGUCCUCAGGGAAGUUUAAGCUUUUUUCAUUGUUACAUUUUUAAAAUAGGAAACUUCCCCUCCACCCCAGUAAGAGUCUACAUAAAAACCUAGAUUUCUGCUUCCCUAGAAAAAUGGAAAGUUCUUGGCUAGGCUGAGCUGCCUGCCUAGGAUGGGGUGCUUGCAUUCUAGUGAGCCACAGACCCCAGCCCUCCCUUUUAUACCUGUCCUGUUUCACUCCAGCCUGGGUCUUCUGAGCUGAUUCUUAGGCACUUGGGUUUUUCCUAGACCAGGAGUCAACCAACUUUUUCUGCAAAGGGCCAGAUCAUCUGUCAUAACCACCCAGUCUGCAGUUGUCGGGCAAAAGCAGCCAAUGGAUAAAUAAAUGGGUAUGGCUGUGUCCCAACAAAACUUUAUUUACAAAAACACACAGCUGCCAGAUUUGGUCCAUAGAGUAUGAUUAGCUUAACCUCUGCCCUAUACCAUCAUUUGUCCACGAGGCCUUGGAUUGAGUGCUCUUUUGACUCCCCAGGGCAUGGCAGGGUGGGGUGAGGUGGGAUGGGGUGGCAUACGUAAGUCUUUCUCUAGCAGAGGACUUCAGAGAGGCUCAAGCUUAGUGGGGGCUGAGGCAAGAGAUCCCUGGAGGGCAGGAGCCACCUCAAGCCAUUAUCCUGUAUUCAGUUAACGCUAACUUGUGGCUCACUCAGGAAGCAAGCAGCUCUGAUCUCUGGGGCAUUAGAAUCACCUGGAGCACUUGUUUAAAAACUCCUGGAUGAAAAAAAUAAAAUAAAUAAAAAUAAAAACUCCUGGAUGCCUCUGAACCCAGACCUUCCAGAUGGUUCAGUGAUUCUGUAGCUGGGGGUUGAGUGUUCUUGCAGGAGGCCAGGAUAGUCUCAGCUUGGCAGAAGUGGAGGCUGUGAGGGACAGAGGGAGCUUGAUGACUAAAAUGAGUCAGUGCUGUUGUUUUGCAGAUAGGGAAACCAGUCUAGAGAGGGCAGUGACUUGCCCACGACCACUCAGAACUGAUGACAGUUUUCAUCUUGAGCUUCCAGCAGUGGGGGCAGUGGGGGGUUGCAGGUGCCAAGCCCCUGAGCCAGGGUUGCCUGGGUGGUCCAGGGUGCUUUUUGAGUUUUUAGAAUGUUUCUUCUCCCCCUCAGGCAUGUGUACAUGCCAUUCCAGCUCUGGAAAGAUGGCAGCCCAGCUGAAGUCCUGGGUGGGGGCGGGGGCCAGCCCCCAUGUCCGGGGCUGGUGCCUGUGUUGUCCCGAUAAGUCCCUGUCCCAUUGUGGCCCCAAGUUCCUGGAGGAAAGCAGCCAGAAGUCGGAGGAUGCAGCAGUUGCCUAUCUCAGGAGCCCAGGGAGGCGGGUGACACAGGAGCAGUGGGUUUGGGGACUGUGUGGAACGCUGACAAAUCCAUUUAUCCACGUACCAGAUGUAGUUCUUUGUUUCAAGCAUCGGUCUGCAGGACCUAUCGGUGUGCGAUGGGACACACAUGGCUGCGGGGAGGCUGUGUACUCCUGAGUCCUAGGGACAAACGCUGGAUCUGGGGUCUGGAGGGGCUGAGUCCAGCAUCCUCACCCACCUCCAUGCCGGCCCACCUCCAGUGUAAACCCGGAGGUGAUUUCAUGGUCAGAGCCCCAGCUGAGAAAGGAGACAUCUCCAGAAUGUUCUAAGAGUCUAGCCACAGGCUCCAGGCACGGGGAAACACCCAACUCCAAGUGUCCUUGGAAAGCUGGCGAUAGGACAGGUUCUGGGGGUACAGUCUGGGCCUGGCAGCCUGGGCCCCGUCAGUCUUGCACGUUGGGCUGGGAGCCCUGCCCAGAGGGGUCAGAGGAGCAGGCACAACCGGUGUUGUUUCUGCCGCUGUGCUUUCUUCAAAGCACUGAGCGCAACCUUGGCCGCUGCUCGGAAGACGUCCUCCACGUUCUCCCGAAACUUGGCAGAACAUUCCAGGUAGAGCGCAGCUCGGAUCUGUUCACAGGCGAUCUGGCCCUGGGUAGGGGAGGGGCCUGCAUUAGAUGAGGCCUGGAGCCUGGGGCACCUCCUGACCCCCCACUCAUGGAUCUGGGGACUUGAAGCUGGCUUUCGGGGCUCUCUGGAGUGUGGAGCCCCCUCCUCCCGGUCCCAGGCCCAGCCCCCGCAGCCUGUGUGGAUGGAUGGGAAGGGCCUGUGGUGUGGCCUGAAGGCCAAGGGCAGCUGAGGGAAGCCCAUCCCAGCCUCUGCCCUGCCCCCUGCUCUCAUCCCUUGUCAGGGGAAGAGGGAGCUGCAUCCCAACUCUCAAGAACUGGGCCCACUGGGCCAGCCAUUGUGUCAGCUGGGCCUGUGAGAAGAGCUAGAGGCCUCCAGACAUGGAGGGCUUCCUGCAUGCCUCUCCCUUGUCCGUCCUCACAAGCUCCAUGUAAGCAACAGAGCUGGGCGAGGACAGUAAAAACUAGCUCUCCUUCUAAAAUUUACUUUUAUUAGUACUUAUUCCUUUUUAUUAAACUUUCUUAUUCAUUUUC